AUGGCAACAGGACAAGAAGCAAUGGCGAAGACUACGCCGAGCAUCAUCACUCGAGAGGAUGUUUUGCUGCGAAUUGAGGCGUUAGCUGCAGAGUUUUUAGAGACUUUAUCGACAGGAAAAGUUCUGGAGCUAGAGGCUCUGAAGCGCCAUUCGUCAGCGAUGAUUUACGAUCACGAGAAUCAACGGCAGACCCACGGAAACGAGACGCGCUUGGUCAAGCUGAACCGACAAGGAGGCAGGAGAUACACAGGGAUUUGGCUGAUCUUGCAGACAGCGCAUGCUCUACUUGCAGAAAACAAGACAGCAACUCAGAGAGAUGUUUAUUACCUGCACCCAUUUUUCAAGGGGCAAAACGAAGCGGACGAAGCAAUUCUAGACGCUGGAAGUAUCCUGGGCAUUCCAAGAGGAUCGAUGAACAUUGUCGCUGCAACCAAAGGCUGCUUCACGGGGGAUAUCAGUAUUUUGGUGCGUAUACACCGAAACGGAAAUUGGAGACAAUUUGGAAGCGGGGAAGAAGUCUCUAUUACUCAUGAGCUUCUGCAAAUAAAACCGCAUGACAUAGAGGACAAGUUCUUCGAGACGGUUCCAAGCAUUUUGAUCACUGGUCGGGGAUUCCCUGACCUGGCUACGAGAGCGUUCGUGAACCUAUUAAGCAAUGCUUUAGGAAUUCCAGUUCUUGGGCUUUGUGACUGCAACCCAUUUGGCCUCUCCAUUAUGCUCACAUACAAACUGGGAUCAGCGCGAAUGCCACUGGAUUCGCUUCGAUACGCCGUCGACAUUAAGUGGGUGGGCGUUCGACCAUCUCAAGUCUCGCAUUUGGGCUUGCCGACAUCAUCCUUUAAAGCUCUCACUCGAAAAGACCUAGCAGUGGCAGACUCCUUGAUGCGAGCAAGCUUCAUUCAGGCAAACGCUUUUUUCAAGGAUGAAGUCCAAAUGUGGCUCGGUGAUGCGCUACCGUGGAAGAUCGAGCUUGAAGCUCUUUAUUCUUCAGGGUUUACAUUCUUGACUUCGUUUCUACAAGACUGCAUCGAGAAUGGCAAUUAUCUAUAG